CAACUAUUCAUACACAUGUCUUUUAGCAUGUUUAUAUUAAUUUUAUUCCAAUGCACUUUUCCACAGAUUCACAAGAUAAUUGGAUUUGUUCCAACAAUAUUACAAAUUGUUAUGCAAAGCAAUGUUGAUCAACCAGUUCGUCAAGCAGGGGCGAUUUAUCUAAAAAAUCUAAUUACGAACAGUUGGUCUGAUCAUGAGACCAAAGCAGGCGAGCCAAUACCUUUCUCAAUUCAUGAACAAGAUCGUGCUAUGAUACGCGGAUCAAUUGUGGAUGCGAUUGUACAUGCUCCAGAUAUAAUAAAGGUUCAGCUAGCAGUAUGCGUAAAUCACAUUAUCAGAAGUGAUUUUCCUGGGCGCUGGCCACAAGUAGUGGACAACAUCAGCAUUUAUCUACAAAAUCCAGAUGUCAAUGGAUGGAAUGGCGCGCUCCUGACUAUGUAUCAAUUAGUAAAGACGUAUGAAUACAAGCGCUCAGAAGAGCGUGUUCCUCUAAAUGAAGCAAUGAAUCUUCUUCUUCCAAUGAUUUACCAACUGAUGGUUAACUUAAUGAAUGAUCAAUCGGAACAAUCGAUGUUGCUUCAAAAGCAAAUUUUAAAAAUUUACUACGCCUUAACCCAGUACACACUGCCAUUGGAUCUUAUAACAAAAGAAACGUUUUCGCUGUGGAUGGAAAUUUGCCGGCAAAUCGCUGAAAGGCCAAUACCAGACUGCUCACAUAUUGAUGAUGAGGAAAAACCAGAAUUUCCAUGGUGGAAAGUAAAGAAAUGGGCCUUACAUAUAAUAGUACGCAUGUUUGAACGGUAUGCUAUUCGAAGUUGUUUUAAAAUGUUCAACAGUGUGAGUCACUCAUAUUCCUGGAAAUUAAUAAAACCUCACAUGGUCGCUAUAGUACAAGAUGUAAUAUUUCCAAUUAUGUCUUUUACCGAUGCUGAUCAAGAGCUGUGGGAGACUGAUCCACAUGAAUACUUGAGAUUAAAAUUUGAUAUCUUUGAGGACUACGCAACACCGGUGCCAGCAGCACAAUCAUUGUUACACACUUGUUGCAAAAAACGGAAAGGAAUUUUACCAAAAGCCAUGAAUAUAAUAAUGCAGAUCAUAACCUCGCCGAAUGCAGAUAACAAACAAAAAGAUGGCGCUUUGCAUAUGAUUGGGACAUUGGCGGAUGUUUUGCUUAAGAAGCGUGUUUAUCGUGACCAAGUAGAAACCAUGUUAACAACCUAUGUCUUUCCCGAGUUCCAUAACCCUGCUGGUCACAUGCGUGCCCGCGCGUGUUGGGUUUUACACUAUUUUUGCGAUAUCCAGCUCAAGAACCCACAAGUGUUGGCCGAAAUCAUGCGUUUGAAUAUACAUGCAUUGCUCAAUGAUAAAGAGCUGCCAGUUAAAGUUGAAGCAGCAAUCGGCUUGCAGAUGUUCUUGUCAACCAAUGACGAUGCUGCACAAUACGUGGAGAGUCAAAUAAAAGAAAUCACGAAAGAACUGCUAACCAUCAUUCGCGAAACCGAAAACGAAGAUCUGACCAAUGUCAUGCAAAAAAUUAUGUGCACAUUUACAACCCAAUUGCUACCAGUGGCAAUGGAAAUAUGCCAACAUUUGGCUACGACAUUUAGCCAAGUACUAGAAUCCGAUGAAAACUCCGAUGAGAAGGCCAUUACUGCAAUGGGUUUGUUGAACACAAUCGAAACCUUACUUACCGUCAUGGAAGAUCAUCCCGAUGUUUUGUUAAAUUUACAUCCAAUUGUAAUUAAUGUGGUUGGACACAUAUUCCAAAACAACAUCACAGAUUUUUAUGAGGAGACAUUUUCGUUAGUUUUUGAUCUAACUGCGAAAGCAAUUUCACCUGAAAUGUGGCAGAUGAUGGAACUGAUUUAUCAAGUGUUCAAAAAGGAUGGUGUGGAUUAUUUUAUCGAUAUUAUGCCAGCUUUACACAAUUAUGUUACUGUUGAUACGCCCGCUUUCCUUUCCAAUCCGAAUCGACUUUUGGCUAUGUUCGACAUGUGCAAGACUAUGUUGACAAGCAGCCCUGGCGAAGACCCUGAAUGCCAUGCCGCUAAACUACUUGAAGUUAUAAUUCUGCAGUGCAAAGGUCAAAUAGAUUCUGUAAUUCCGAUGUUUGUUGAAUUGGCUUUGUCGCGCCUAACCCGCGAAGUGCAGUCAUCCGAGUUACGAACAAUGUGUUUACAGGUCGUAAUAGCAGCGCUUUAUUAUAAUCCACAACUUUUGCUGACGAUUUUGGAAAAAAUGUCUCAGCCAACUAACGAAUCAAUUUCAUCACAUUUUAUUAAGCAAUGGCUUCAUGAUACUGAUUGUUUCCUAGGAAUUCACGAUCGUAAACUCUGCGUACUUGGACUAUGCACGCUUAUUUCAUUGGGCGACGCCAAGCCACCAGUUCUUAGCGAGGUAGCUGGUAAGAUUUUACCUAAUCUCAUUCUUCUUUUCGAUGGACUUAAACGGGCAUAUGAAUCGCGGGCACAAGAAGAUGACGAGGAGGAGGAAGAAGAUGAUGAAGAUGAUUGCGAAGAAGCAUUAUCAAGCGAUGAAGACGAAGUUGACGAAUUCGCGUCCAACUAUUUGGAACAAAUUGCCGAAAUAUCUAAAACGAAAGGCGCAGAAGCAGGUUUUGAAAUGAAAGCAGAGAUUAAAGAUGACGAAGACUCUGAUGAUGAAGAAGAGGAAUCUGUCGAUGAUCUUAACGAAACUGCGCUUGAGGGCUUUACUACCCCAAUCGACGAAGAAGAAGAAGAAACUGCGAUUGAUGAAUAUGUUACAUUCAAGGAAGUUUUUUCUGCUCUGUCCAACCAAGAUCCAGCUUGGUAUGCUCUUUUAACAGCUGCUCUUACCACAGAACAGACGAAAGCACUUCAAGAAAUUGUGGUCACCGCCGAUCAACGAAAAGCAGCUAAAGAAUCAAAACUUAUUGAGAAACGAGGAGGUUUCGCAUUCCCACAACAAACCGUUCCCACUUCAUUCAAAUUCGGCUCUUAAUACUGAACAUUUGAACUGAGAGCAGCGCGGCAGUGUGCAUCAUCUAAUUCAAGAAUAUAGAAGAGAAGCAUAUGGCUAACUGACGUUAUAACGAAUCUGAAGGUUGCGAUAUACUAUUCUACAAAGGGUAUCGAUGAUCAUGGUGAAUACAAUGUAAUUAUAAAGUGAUUUCUUAACAACGUGUACAUUGUAUAUCUGUUUGUAUUCAGUAUAUAGUAUAUUUCCCAUAACGAAGAUCGGAACUUUUGGAUUCUUAUAGUUUUCUACUAAUGAAAUUUCGAAGCACACAUAUGUAUGGAUGGUAAUGAAAAUUUGAUACAGUUAAAAUGGUUUCAUAUGGUCUCUAAUUAAUACUAUUGUUAACAAAGACUAGCGGAAGCUAGAAGUUACGUGGUGCAUAAUUAUUUAUUAUUGUAUUAUCACAUUUCAACCUAUAACAAAUUACCAAACUAGUUAAAAGUAAAUAUGAUAUAUUUACUGUAUUAUCUCAUUUAAUCAGACCAUUUGAUACCACGAACGACGAUGAAGUAAGAGUAGUAUACACACAUACAUGCAUACAUAUGCGUAUAUCCAAUUGACUAUUAAGUUUACAAUCACUUUUUUAUUUUGAAAUAAAUACAGUUCAUUUAUUUUAAUAUAUGUAUAUAAAUUAACUUUAUUCUAUUUAUGACGAGAAACCAACAUACUUGUUGGUGUAAAAAAGAACAAGUCUACAAAAAAUUGCUUUCGGAAUCAGUUAUGGUAUGCGGAUCCCGAACAAAUUGACACUUUAAUAGACUUGUUCGAUGAAAUAAAAACAAUAAAAACAAACAACAACAAAUUA